CUAGUUAUUUGAGAGCACCAUAAAUAAAGAAGGAAGUUUAAUAACUCAUGGGGUCGUUGGCGUGCCAUGGGCGUGAUCCUCAUGAGGACUUUUGCGCUGAUAACGUGCUACGGUUCUGUCAUUGGCGCUCCCACUGUGAACCUGGAUGAUCCGCUUAGCUUGGGCCAAUGCACCUGCGACCUCACGCAGGCGCAAUGUAACGUGAACUGCUGCUGUGACCCUGAUUGCGUGGGUCUGACAGAUUCGUUCAGCUGUUUGCCAGAAGGCCCCAAGAGUGCAACCACACAAUACUGCUACUCCAAAAGCUGGCUGCACAGGGUGAAUCCGCGAGUUGAUCUCUGGGUGAUCGCAGAUGACUUGCGUGGAUUGCUUUGCGUAUCGGUCGACAACAGUGCAGUGCAAGGAGAAGUAUUUCAAAACCAGGCAGUUUUGUCCUCUUCUCAAGUGGACGCGAUUGUUCAGGAGAAUUCGCCCCUGGCAACUUCGGUAGCAGUGUCUCAAGACGUGGUCGUGCGUGGCUACCAUGCUGGAGAUAUUCUGAAGGUGCACUUUGCACUGUCUCCUGACCAAGGAGUGCAGGUGAUGCAGGGGGUGUCAACCCUGGAGAACGCGAAUUUUGUGGAGGUGGUAAGCCCCUUAUCUUUGCCAACGGCUGAUCCUUAUGGAACCUGCGCUGCGAGCCCUGGCCAAGUUGUCAGAUUCCUGAAUGAUGUACCUCCUACGUCAUGCUGGAAGCGGAACUUGGACUUGCCCAGCCAAUGCGCCGCUUUGAGCCCAAGGCAGCAAGUGGGUACAUGGAUGCUCCGCAGUCAGUACUUGCCAGAGGACAUGCGCUGCGGGGACCGCUGCUUGCUUCCAACCUCAUGCGCAGUGCAACGUGUGGCUGCUGAUGGAUCUGUGGUGUCUAUCGCUUCCUGCGACGGAAAUGCGUCAGUGAGGGAGUCAUCCUUCCAGCAAGGAGGUGAUGGAUCGUGCACCUGUACAGGGGCUGUCAGGGAACUGAACUACUUUUUUUACUUUGGCUACAACGAUGCGACCCAAGUGGUGAGCAUCACAAGAGUCGAAGUGAACUACACUAUCCAAGAUCUUAGCAGUCCAGGAUGCAAGCCUAUCGAAGUACAACAAGGGGGAAGUGUCCACUUUCUUCAGGACCAAUCUGGAAGUCAACAGAUUGAGGCCAGAUCGGGCAACCCAGGGUACAUCACAGGCCUGCCGCUACUGGUGACCGAAUGCUUGAGCUCUGUGGAUGGAAGCUGUGAACAAUAUGGAGAAACCAGAGAUGCAACAGUACCAGGAAUUCUACCCGGAGGCAACUGCAUGCUGACAUCUUCAAAUUCGACCGUGGCACAAGAGGUCAAAAUCCGCUUUGGCGAGAAUUCGAUGUUUGGAUGCACUUUGCCACUUACACGCCAAGAGCUGGCAUCACUCUGCAAAGGUGACUCACUACCAAAUGGCUUUGCAGGCUACUUGAAUCUUCUGCCGAUUGGAAGUGCCGUUGGAAACAACGUGGCACGAAACGUGGCACGUUGGACACGCAUCGCAGCCUUUGGCAAUGUGCCUUUGGAUGCUCAAGAUGCUGCGGACUGGGUGAAGGUGGAGGAAAGACCAAGGAGUGAAGCGCUUGAGUUCAGCGAUUCUUCUGCGUCGCAGAAGGCUUCCAAUUCCACCUGCACUGGUGCCGUGGUUGGUGUAGACCUUGAGGUAAUCUACUCACCGUUUGGAGAGGUGGGCAACCCUCAAAUGAAGGUGGUGGGUGCUCAGAUUUCCCAGCGGCUUGGAGUGUUGGCCUAUACGUUGGCAGAACCGACAAAGAGGCAAGGCUUCCAGUUUACUUACAGCGUGAGAUUCUUCAAGACGGACUCCGAGAACUUGGAGAUCCAGGUGCCACCAAGACCUCAGUUGCCCUUGUCGCUUCCACCGGAUUUGUUCUAUCCCUUCACAAUCGGCCGUGCAGGAAUGAGAACACUCCAUCCAGUUGCAAUGAUUGGCUUGAUAGCUCUUUUCAAUUUAAGGACUCAAUGUUAAUGCGACUUGGGGGUCACAAAGAGGGGCUCCAUGUUGAUUUGGUAAGCCAGCACAAGCUUCUGGCCAGGCACAUACGAUGUUUCUGUUUGUACAUUACUGUCCAGGGGGGUUCGUCGGGAUCCUGGGCCACUCCGGAUUUGAGUGGUACCAUCAUGCCACCACUGCAAGCGGGCACAACAA